CAAGGGAUAGACUCUUGAGAACCAGUUUUUUAUGAUGUUUGGAAUUGUGCUUCUCAGAGCUCAGGCUGCCCAAGUAGAGAGAACAGAUGAUGAUGUGGGAGGACGUAUAGUAAAGCUUCUCAGUCUUAAGUAGGUGCUUUGGAAUGUGCACCUCUUUCUCACACGAAUUUUCUAUUUCUGCCUUACCUCUUAGGUAUGUAAUCUCUGUGUAAUACGGUAUAUGGCAUGUAGGGGCUCACUAAUAAGUAAGUGGGUUGGAAUUCCUGAGUUUGAUUUUUAAGAUUUUGGAUAAACUUCAGGGCAAUGGAAUUACAAGAGUCAUCUGCCUGGCCUUUGCCCUCCAGAAGUAGUUCUGUAUACCAGAACCAGUCUUGAAUUAUUCUCCUCAACCCUUUAAUACCAGUACAGUACUUGAGAGCUACCUGGUGAAAGGAAUAGGCCUUGUUACUGAGCUGAUAAAAGCCUCUACUGUAUCAAAAAAUCACAAAAGGGAAAGUUUAGCAUCAAAGCUAGUCACAUAGAUUUGCAGGGAUAAAUUAGUUUCCUCUCUCUUCCUCAGUCUUUCAGGAAGGAGGAGUACAAUGUCUAUUUCUUUCCUACUCUCAUAAUAGCUGUGUUCUCCCCUUGACUGAAGAGAAGCUAUUCAACAUGAACCUUGGGUUGGAUGCUCAGAUCUGCCUAUUUUCCUAAAAUAGCAAAAUUCCUGCCCAGAAAGAAAGGAUGUUAAAAAAAUGAAAAGUAAUGUUCUGAGCAGGCAAGGUGCCAGUGAAAGCAGCGGACUGGCCUGUAGAGAGUGCUCUGUGCAGCUGCCUGCCUCAGCCACCUGGGCUUGCAACAUGGACAUGCCUCUUCUAUACCCUCAGUGACUAAUCCAGGCCUUGUCAACCAUUUCCAUUCUUACCAGAGACACCUUCACUUCCCCUUUAUCAAUUCAUAUCUGCAUGUCUGCAGCAUUUCCUGGCCGACCUCCCUGACUCUUAGGAUAUAAUUCUUUGUCCCUUAUAAGCUUACUGGCUUUUCAGAAUCUGAGUGCAGUUCAUUUUGUGUUCACUGCUUCCCAAUAAAAUUAGAAGUUCUGGGAGGAUGGGGAUUGAUUCUUAUACUUCCUUUUUUUUUUUCUUAAUUCCUUAGAGUGUUUUACAGAGUUGAACAUAAACAUUUUGAUUAUAUGUCCAAGAAAGAUUUGAGCAAAGUAAAAUACUACUAACUGAGGAUUUUUAUGCAUCAGAGUUUAGAAAGGAAACCAAAGGUGAUAAAAUGUUUUUCUUUAUAUCCACUUCACCUAGCUCAGUGCCAGGCACAUAGUAGAAGUUAAUAAUUGUGGACUAAAUGAAGUCUUAGCAGAACUUUGAAUUCAUUGAGGAUCCUAGCACUGUUGGCUGAUGGGAUGGAGAAGUGGGAGCAGUGUGUCAGCAGCACUCCUGCCUAUUAUCUCAGAAAGGAGACUAACCCAGCUCUGACCCCAGAUGAGCUCCCAGAAGAACAGAAUUCUUACUGAACACCACACUCCUCUCCCUUCCCAAAUCCGAUGCUCCACCUGUUCCCAAUUUUAGUUACUGGUACCACUGUCCUACCAGCCAACAAGGCACCAAAGCUUCGAGUUACUUGACACUUCCCCACCACAUCCAGUUACUGAUUGUGUAAUCUCUGCUGUCUCCCUUGUUCCUGCCAUCUGUGCCCGGGUUUAAGCCUCAUCCAUCACCUUUAAACCAAGAGGAUUGCAGUUGCUCUCCAUCUCAUCUUCCCAGGUGCCAGCCUGAAGAGUUGGAGGAGGCUUCCUGUUGGCAAUGACCCCACUAGAAUCGGUUCUUGAUGAUUGGACAAGAGCUCUGUCACCAGAAAGAGUGAGGGGGCCUGCUUUCUACCGAACAGCUGGUGAAUAAUCACAAAGCCUAUGAGCCAGAAUACCCUGAUCUGACUCCACUUUAUCCCCAUCUCCCUUCUCCCUUCAACCAAGACCCAUUCACCACCCCUUCCCCAGCCCUGGCUGCACUGCUUGACCACAUUAAGACUUGGCCUGAGAUGGAGGAAGAGUGAGGAAGCUGCUGCACCAAUGUGACUGACUGAAGCUUGACCAAAGCCCUAAAAGGAAGUGGAUAGGUGCCUUAUCCAAGAGGGUACAGCAGCCCAGGUCUUAUCAGGAGGCAGCAGCUUCCUUACUCCUUCCCCCACCGCUAACCAAGUCAUUAUGUGCCACAGUAGUGCAGGCAGCUGUGCGGGAGGAAGAGGGGCCAUAGAACUGUGGGCUAGAGUGGAGGUGUACAGACCAGCUAGUUCAUGGUUUUACUAUCCCAAGCAGAAAGCCAUGAUGGCUUAGACUUGCAUGGUGGUAGUAGAAAUGGCGUGAAGAUUCAAGAGACAUAGUUGAGAGGCAGAACCAACAAGACUUGGUGAUAGACUACUCUCAGGAAAAGGGAGGAGUCAUAGCUUUCAGCCAUCAGCAUCCACCCCCAGGGUAGCCUCACCCCCUUCCCUUCCUGGCAAUCCUAGAAACCAAAUGGGUCCAGGGCCAACAGCCCUGUUUUCCGCCUACUGUUCAGUAAGUGGGUUCAAGUUUGAUAAGAAAAGACUUCCUGUGGUGGAAACUGAAAGGAAGAGGAAGGAGUUAGUCCAUUCCUUCCAAGAAGGUUGUGGGAGAAGGAAGAUGGCCAGAGCUUUGUGUCCACUUCAUGCCCUCUGGCUUCUGGAGUGGGUGCAGAUGCUCUUGGGACCCGGUGCUGCACCGCCAGCCUGGGCCUUGAACCUGGACCCAAUGCGGCUCACCUUCUACACAGGCCCCAAUGGCAGCCACUUUGGGUUUUCAUUGGACUUCUACAAGGACAGCCAUGGGAGCGUGGCCAUCGUGGUGGGCGCCCCGCGGAUCCGAGGCCGCAGUCAAGAGGAGACUGGCGGCGUGUUCCUGUGCCCCUGGAGGGCCGAGGGCGGCCAGUGCUCAUCUCUGCCCUUCGACCUUAAUGAUGAGACCCGAACAGUAGGCUCCCAGACCUUCCAAACCUUCAAGGCCGGGCAAGGACUAGGGGCGUCGGUUGUCAGCUGGAGCGACAACAUUGUGGCCUGCGCCCCCUGGCAGCACUGGAACGUCAUAGAAAAGACGGAGGAGGCCGAGAAGACGCCCGUGGGGGGCUGCUUCCUGGCCCAGCUGCAGAACGCGGGCCGCGCGGAGUUCUCGCCUUGUCGCGGCAACACCAUGAGCCGGGUGCACAAGCAGCAGGACCACUGGGAAGACAAGCGCUACUGCGAAGUGGGCUUCAGCGCCGCUGUCACUCAGGCUGGAGAGCUGGUGCUCGGGGCCCCUGGCGGCUUCUUUUUCUUAGGGCUCCUGGCGCGGGUUCCGAUCGCAGACAUCUUCAGGAACUACCGCCCGGGCACCCUCUUGUGGCACGUGGCCACCCAGCGCCUCACCUUCGACUCCAACAAACCAGAGUACUUCGACGGCUACCGGGGGUACUCGGUGGCCGUCGGCGAGUUCGACGGGAACCCCAACACAACAGAGUAUGUCUUCGGUGCCCCCACCUGGAGCUGGACCCUGGGAGCCGUGGAAAUCCUGCUAUCCAACUACCGGACGCUGCACCGGGUGCACGGAGAGCAGGUGGCUUCGUAUUUCGGACACUCGGUGGCCGUCACCGACGUCAACGGGGACGGGUGAGGAGGGGGGCGCCCAGCCCUACCCAGUUGAGCCCCCAGUUGCCAGAGUCGUGAGCUGCCCUCACUCCCGGCGACCCCGAGGGGGGCGCCCAGCCUCCUCCUGACUGGCACCCAGCUCUAUGGGCGAUUUGGCUCAGCCAUUGCGCCUCUGGGCGACCUCAACCGGGACAACUACAAUGAUGUUGCAGUGGCCGCCCCCUACGGGGGCCCCAGUGGUCGGGGCCAAGUGCAGGUGUUCCUGGGCCAGAGUGAGGGGCUCAGCUCCCGCCCCUCCCAGGUCCUGGACAGCCCCUUCUCCACGGGCUCUGGCUUCGGCUUCUCCCUGCGAGGUGCCACAGACAUCGAUGACAAUGGAUACCCAGACCUAUUGGUGGGAGCAUACGGGGCUGACAAGGUGGCUGUGUACAGAGCUCAGCCGGUGGUGACGGCCACUGUCCAGCUGCUGGUACAAGGUUCGCUGAAUCCUGCUGUGAAGGACUGCGUCCUGCCCAAGACCAAGACACCAGUGAGCUGCUUUAACAUCCAGGUGUGUGUAGGAGCCACUGGACACAGUGUUCCUCAGAAGCUGGGCCUAAAUGCCGAGCUGCAGCUGGACCGGCAGAAGCCCCGCCAGGGCCGGAGGGUGCUCCUGCUGAACUCGCAGCAGGCGGGCACCACCCUGCACCUGGACUUGGGGGGAAGGCACAGCCCCAUCUGCCACACCACCACGGCCUUCCUCCGGGACGAGGCCGACUUCCGGGACAAGCUGAGCCCCAUUGUGCUCAGCGUCAAUGUGUCCCUGCAGCCCGAGAAGGAUGGACUGGCGCCGGCUCUUGUGCUGCAGGGAGACACCCACGUCCAGGAGCAGACCCGCAUCAUCCUGGACUGCGGGGAAGAUGACCUGUGUGUGCCCCAGCUUCAGCUCGCCGCCAGCGUGACGACAGGUGCCCCGCUCCUAAUUGGAGCCGAUAACGUGUUGGAGCUAAAGAUGGAUGCCGCCAACGAGGGGGAGGGGGCCUAUGAGGCUGAGCUGGCCGUGCACCUGCCCCAAGGUGCCCACUACAUGCGGGCCGUCAGCAACGUCCAGGGCUUUGAGAGGCUGGUCUGCAACCAGAAGAAGGAGAACGAGACCAAGGUGGUGCUGUGUGAGCUGGGCAACCCCAUGAAGAGGAAUGUCCGGGCAGGAAUCACCAUGUUGGUGAGCGUGGAGAACCUGGAAGAGGCUGGGGAGCAAGUGUCCUUCCGGCUGCAGGUCAGGAGCAAGAACAGCCAGAAUCCAAACAGUGAGGAGGUGGUGCUGGAUGUGCCAGUCCGUGCGGAGGCCCAUGUGGAGCUUCGAGGGAGCUCCUUUCCAGCCUUCCUGGUGGUGGCGGCGGAAGAAGGCAACAGGGAGAACGCCUCAGACACCUGGGGCCCCAAAGUGGAGCACACCUAUGAGCUCCACAACAACGGCCCUAGCACUGUCAGCGGCCUCCACCUCAGCAUCCACCUCCCUGGCCAGUCCCAGUCCUCUGACCUGCUCUACAUCCUGGAUAUACAGCUUCAGGGGGGGCUUCAGUGCUCCCCACAGCCCUCCCCCAACCCCCUCAAGCUGGACUUGGGGGUGCCCACCCCAAUCCCUUCCCCCGCUUCCCGGGGCCACCACAAGCGGGAGCGCAGGCAGGCGUUCCUGUCAGGGUCCAAGCAGCCAUCGAGGCUUCAGGAUCCAGUUCUUGUGAGCUGCGACUCGGCGCCCUGUACUGUGGUGCAGUGUGAGCUGCAGGAGAUGGAGCGCGGGCAGCGGGCCAUGGUCACGGUGCACGCCUUGCUGUGGCUGCCCAGCCUCCGCCAGAGGCCCCUGGAUCAAUUUGUGCUGCAGUCGCAGGCUUGGUUCAAUGUCUCCUCCCUUCCCUACACCGUGCCCGCCCUCAGCCUGCCCAGCGGAGAAGCUCUGGUCCAGACGGAGCUGCUUCGGGCCUUGGAGGAGCGGGACAUCCCCAUCUGGUGGGUGCUGGUGGGCGUGCUGAGUGGCCUGCUGUUGCUCACACUCCUGGUCCUGGCCAUGUGGAAGGUUGGCUUCUUCAAGCGGAAUCGGCCUCCCCUGGAGGAAGAUGAUGAAGAGGAGGAGUGAUGGUGCAGCCCAGGCUCUGUCCUACAGGAAGGCUGGGCGUGAUCCCUGCUCUGCCCCUUCUUCUCCGAGUGCCCCCCAACUCUGCUCACCCACAGGUUGGAGCUGUUCCAUGGAGGCCUCCUGAUGUCUUCCCGCUCCCAUCAGAGCUGGGCCACCCCCUUUCUUGCUGCCAGAUAAAGAGGCUGAGCCCCAACUCA